GGCAAAGAUGAAGGUAUAAAUAUUAAUAAUAUAACGAGUACGUCUUUUUCUUUCACAGCGAGGGUUUUCCUUAUGAAUAUUAAUUAGUACAAAUCCUUACCAAUGCUAGGGUCGAUCAAUAAUUUCCCGGAUGGAAAGUAGCAGGACGAGGAGGGGUGCUUACACCAGAAUUAUAUCUAGAAUCGAUUACGUACACAAAAUGAUCAAAAGCUGAGCGUUUUCUUAAAUGUAGCUGAAACUGUAUUUUUAUUUAAUUUAUGUUACUAAACACCAUUGUAGUCCCCGCAUCUAGUAGGCUAAAACCACUGACGUGUACGGUGACGUAGCAUAAGUGAAAGGUCUUUAAUGUAGGGAUGCUGAGCUGGAUGCAGGAGGCCUGAAAGCAUCAUUUGUACCCCACGUACACCAUUUAUCACUCAUCAUCCGCACAAUGGAGGAGAUUUUACAGAAACUUCAAAAGGAGGCAUCGGGGAACAAACACAAAGCACUUCGGGACGCUUGCGGCGUCGCGUGUGAGACCCUGGAUGCUCAAAGAAGGUGGGUAAAUAUCUCACCAACUAAACUCAGAGAGAGCUGUCUAUUUCCCCUUCAACUGGCACUGGAGUCUAAAAACACUAAACUGGCUCAGACCGCCCUCGCAGGAAUGCAGAAGAUCCUUUGUGAGGAUUGCUUUGUUGCCGUGGAAACAGAGGUUCCAGAGAAGCUGCUGCUGAAUCAAAUUUUGGAAGCCAUCAGGGUGACGCCCACCCUACAUGAAGACCUGCAGGUGGAGGUUAUGAAGGUUCUGCUGUGUGUCACCUACUCCUCCACCUUUGAGAUCAAUGGGCACAACGUCUUGAGAAUUGCUGAGUUGUGCAUUGAGACGUAUAUAUCAAGUUGUCAUCAGCGCAGUAUCAACACUGCGGUAAGGGCCACCCUCAGUCAGAUACUCGGAGACCUCGCCCUACAACUGCGUCACAGACAGGACAAUUCAGUUGGUGAUGGAGAGGAACGUUCCAUGCCUGUGCUCCAGCGCAGAGCAGAUAUCUCUCCAACUACUGAUGCACUGUAUGAAGAUGUUAUUAUGGUGCUCACUGUAUUCUGCGACAAACUGGAGUCUGUCUCAAAUGGAAACCAGUUGCUACAGCUGUUGUACCUGGAGUGUAUUCUGUCCAUGCUUAGCAGCUGUCCUCCCACAAUGCAUCUGCAUCGUCAUUUCACUGACCUUAUCUGGAAACAGUUGUGUCCGACCCUGGUGGUGAUUAUGGGAAACCCUGCAAGUGAUAAAACCAUCACUUCUGCCCAUGGUGGGCCAUCCCAGGACUCAGACAUGGUGUCAGGGGCGGCAGUUUUGGACCACGGGCGUGGAUCUGGGUGUUCUUCGAGUGCCCCUGCCAUGAUUGGGCCAGUGGUUCGCACAAUCUGCUACGUUGCAGCAGAGUUAGUUCGUCUCGUAGCCUGUGUCGAAUCCAUGAAGCCUGUUUUGCAGUCUUUGUACCAUCGUAUACUUCUCUAUCCACCCCCACAGCACCGAGUUGAGGCCAUCAAGAUUAUGAAAGAGAUUGUUGGAAGCCCCCAGCGCUUGUUUGACCUCGCUGGUCCAUGCAUUAAUGAGCCUGACACAAGGAAGAGGUCCUUUUCAAAAAGGAAGUCACAUCUCGAUCUUCUUAAAUUGGUAAUGGAUGGUAUAACAGAAGCAUGCAUGAAGGGUGGGAUAGAGGCUUGCUACUCGUCUGUCUCCUGUGCAUGUGCCCUAUUGCAUACUUUAGAUGAGCUCAGUCAGGGGCGUGGCCUGCAGCAGGACCAAGCUUGCAUGCUGCUGCGCCGACUGGAUGAGCUGAAGGAGGGUACAGAGUCUAUGCGCGAGUCUGUAGAACUCAACGAAGCUGACUUCCGCUGGCAGCGGCGGGUAUUAUCAUCUGAGAACGCCGCUUGGGAGAUCGGCAUCAUAGAACGGAGCCCUGACAUCAGCAUCAGUGUCACUACCGACACAGGUCAGACUACAUUGGAAGGUGACAUGGGUCAGACGACUAUGGAAGGAGAGCUGGGUCAGACGACGCCAGAGGACUGUGGGGAAGGACCACGGCUUCCAUUGCCCUCUUCUUGUGGAGUCUUAGCAGGAAUGGUCCCUGACAUGCCAGAAUGCGUAAAAGACAGCGUUGACCCGGGAGCCCCUUCCAGUACGGCACCUCCUGAUGUAGUUCAGCGCACCCAUGGUUUGGUCUUCCCUGACAUCACCAACUUCCUGUCUGUGGAGUCUCGAACACGUUCUCACGGCUCGCGCUACAGUGAGAGCAACUUCAGUGCAGACGAGCAGGAGCUGUCCCGAACGGAGUUCGAUUCGUGUGACCAGUACUCAAUGGCAGCAGAAAAGGACUCGGGACGUUCCGACGUGUCCGACAUGGGCUCUGAUAACUGCUCUCUUGUUGACGAGGAGCAGACCCCACGGGACUGUCCGGGGCACCGUACAGCUAGUCUGUCCUUAAAACUGCUGAAGAACCAGGAAGCUGACCAGCAAAGUGCCCGAAUUUUUGUCCAGUCUCUGUCUGCACAUCUGCCACGCCUAUUAGGACUGCACAGCACCACAGAUGUUGAUGUCUCGCUGCAGAACUUCUCCUCCACCUUUUGCUCAGGACUACAAGCAGGUGGGGUUCAUUCUCCGGGAUCUGAAGGUCGUGAAAGCCUGAGUUGUCAGGCUCUUAUGAAUGCGGAUGGACUGUACCUGGUGUCUUAUUACGCUCUGCUACUCAACCUCAAACUGUGCUGCUGUGCACACUACCAGAGGAAACCCACACCUGCGUUGGUCACUUUGAAAGAGUUUGUGCGUCAGAUCCAGAGCAGUGGAGUUCUGGUGGUUCUGUCUCAGGCAUGGAUUGAAGAGCUCUACAAUCAGGUGUUGGAGAGGAACCUGCUGGGAGAAGCUGGAUACUGGGGCUCGGCAGAGGAGCAGUCCUUACCUCUCAUUACCAUGCUCACCGACAUUGAUGGGCUGGGCAGCAGUGCUAUUGGUGGCCAGCUGAUCAGAAAGGCCUCUACACAAUCACCCUUUACCUGUGACAAGAACGGCAGUGACAACCUGGUGGCAGGUGCUGCAUUUGCCCGCUAUGUCCUUACUGGCUGCUGGAAAAAUCUGAUCGACACGCUGUCGACACCGAUCACCGGCCGCAUGGCAGGAAGCUCAAGGGGUCUUGCCUUUAUUCUUGGAGCAGAGGGAGUUAAGGAACAAACCCAGAGGGAGAGGGACACCAUCUGCCUCAGUUUAGAUGGUCUACGCAAGGCUGCGGGGCUCAGCUGUGCCUUGGGUGUAGCAGCCAACUGUGCAUCAGCACUUGCCCAGAUGGCGGUUGCCUCAUGUGUUCAGGAGGAGAAAGAGGAGAAAGAUUUGGGGGAGAAUGGAGACACCAUUACUCAAGUUAAGCAGCGUGUUGAGCAGAAGCUCGAACAGAUGAGCCGCUGUCAGGGCGUGAGGUUGCACACUGCCCAUGUGCUGUGCAUGGAUGCUAUACUUAACGUGGGGCUGGAAAUGGGAAGUCAUAAUCAUGACUGCUGGCCUCAUGUGUUCAGAGUAAUUGAAUAUGUCAGCUCACUUGAACACACUCACUUCAGUGAUGGUGGAUCCCAGCCCAAGUUCGCCAUCACUCAGACACAGCAACCCGUGGCAGUGGAGCUGGAGGCCAGCCCUGAUGUGGAACUGGGCCUCAGCCAUCCUGUGAUUCAGCCCCUGUCCAUCCAGGAGCUUUUGAGGUCAAGUGGCCGCAGUAAAUGCUUUGACUUUCGGGGAGGAAGCCUGCUCACAGGGACCAGUGCGGCCAAAGCCGUCUGCACCCUUUCCACACAAGCUGACAGGCUGUUUGAGGAUGCCGUGAGUAAACUCAACCUGGUGGCUUUGGUGGGAUUUCUGCAUCAGCUCAGAAAAGCUUCACAGUCUCAGCUCUUUGAUUCAGUUACUGAAACUGGAGACUAUUCCUUAGCCAUGCCAGGGGAGGCUAAGUCAACCCAGGACAAGCACAGUGCCCUCCAUCUCUUCCGGCUGGGGGAGGCCAUGCUGUGGAUCGUGAAGAACAAGAGCAGACCACUGCUGCACAUGAUGAGAGCCUGGAGUGUGGUGGCACCUCACCUGGUGGAGGCGGCCUGUCACAAAGAGCGUCACGUAUCUCAGAAGGCUGUGUCUUUCAUUCAUGAUGUUCUGAUGGAGGUUCUGAGCAGCUGGGCAGAGCUACCACACUUCCACUUCAAUGAAGCCCUCUUCAGACCAUUUGAGCACAUCAUGCAGCUAGAACUCUGUGAUGAGGAUGUCCAAGAUCAGGUGAUCACCUCUAUUGGAGAACUGGUGGAGAUGUGUUCAGCUCAGAUCCAGUCUGGCUGGAGGCCAUUGUUCAGCGCUCUCAGAACUGUGCAUGGAAACAAGACGGACAUGAAGGAUUACCUGAUAGGAGAAUAUUCCAUGGGGAAGUCACAGGCACCUGUAUUUGAUGUCUUUGAAGCCUUUAUCAACACUGACAACAUUCAGGUGUUUGCUAAUGCAGCGACUGACUACAUUAUGUGCCUUAUGAAGUUUGUGAAGGGUUUAGGAGAAGUGGAUUAUAAGGAAAUUGGAGAUUGUGUUCAUGUCAGUGGAUACAGCUCUACCGAUCUUUGCCUGCCUGCCCUGGACUAUUUGAGAAAAUGUUCACAGCUGCUGGCCAAAAUCUACAGGAUGCCUUCUAAGCCAGUGUUCUUGGGUGCAAGACUGGCCAGUCUCCCCAUGAGAGCCCAGGAGCGGUCUGUGAGCAGUGAGGAUGGCAUGGACUGUGUUUUAGCUGAGUUUGACGAUGACACAGGUCUGAUACAAGUAUGGAUUCUUUUGUUGGAGCAGCUGACGGCAGCCGUGUCAAACUGUCCCCGUCAGCACCAGGCGCCUACUCUUGAGCUACUUUUUGAACUUCUGCGUGAGGUCACCAAAAUACCAGGGCCUGGAUUCGCCAUCUUCUCUGUCAUCCAGCUCCUCCUUCCUGUCAUGUCGCUAUGGCUACAGCGUAGUCAUGGUGACCACUCAUACUGGGACAUCGCCGCAGCAAACUUCAAGCAUGCUACUGGACUGUCCUGUGAGCUGGUGGUGGAACAUAUACAGAGCUUCGUUCAUUCAGAUAUUGGCUAUGAGAGUCUAAUUAACUUGAUGCUGAAAGAUCUCUUUAAACUGCUGGUGUCUUGUGUGGCUGAACCAGCCGAGACCAUAUCCAGAGUUGGCUGCUCCUGUAUCAGGUAUGUUCUAGUAACAGCGGGGCCUAUCUUCUCCGAGGAGAUGUGGCGGUUAGCAUGCUGUGCCCUGCAGGAUGCAUUUUCUGCCACCCUGGAACCUGUAAAGAAUCUGCUGGCUUGUUUCCGAAGCGGUUCAGACAGUUUUACAGGAGAUGCAUGUGAAGUGAAAGUAGCAGCUCCCUCACAUUCCCCCUCGGCAGAGGCUGAGUAUAUGAGGAUCCGUGCCAUGGCCCAGCAGGUCUUCAUGCUGGACACACAGUGCUCGCCUAAAACUCCAAGCAACAAGGAAGGGUUUGAGCACGCUCAAUCCUGUGUGCUGAUUAUUGAGCUUCCUGCCGAUCAGCAUUCAAAUGGUCACACUCAGAAGAGAAAAAUUGGGAUUCCCUUCAGGACUCUUGUGGUAAGUUUGCUCUCCCACCAAGUACUGCUGCAGAACCUCUAUGAUGUCCUCUUGGAGGAGUUUGUGAAAGGUUCUGGGAGCUCUGAUGGUCAGGGCAGAGUCACACCAAUGUUGGAGCCAAAACCAGCCGGUUUUCUUCGAUACAUCUCAAUGCAAAACCUGGCCAUCAUCUUUGACCUGCUGCUCGAUUCCUACCGAACAGCACGGGAGUUUGACACUCGUCCAGGCCUCAAGUAUCUGCUCAUGAAAGUGUCAGGAGUCUGUGGAGCUGCUAACUUAUACCGCCAGUCUGCUAUGAGCUUCAAUAUCUAUUUUCAGGCUUUGCUGUGUGCCAUGCUGACCAACCAAGAGAACAUCACUGUAGAGCAGGUAAAGAAGAUCCUGGGUGAAGAAGAAGAGGGUGGCUCUGACUCUUCACAGCAGUGUUCCUCUGAGGAUGAAGAUAUCUUUGAGGAGAUGGCACAGGUGAGUCCCCCACGUGCACGUGAGAAACGCCCGUGGCACACCCCCAUCCCAUCUCUCAGCACGCAACCCAUCAGCAGCGUGGACUGGGCCUGGCUGGUUAAACGCCUGCACAAGCUCUGCAUGGACCUGUGCAACAACUACAUCCAGAUGCACUUGGACUUGGAGAGCACCAUCGGAGAGCAGCCUACCCACAGGGUCGACCCACUUUUCUUCUUGCCCCUUUUUAAUUCUGAGACCUCCACACCCUCUACCGGGGGCCUUUCAGGCCAUGGGACGCCCUCAGAGGACAGAUUUCGCCUCCAUCUGGAUGAGACUCCUUCUGAGGAGGUACAUACCUCUAGUGGGCUGGGUGCAAGUGUCCCCCAGCUAAGAGGGGAAAGAAGGGAAACAGGACGUAGAAAGGAAUGGUGGGAAAGUGCCGGAAAUAAGUUGUAUACCAUCGCCACAGACAAGACCAUCACCAAACUAAUGAUAGAGUACAAAAAACGCAAGCAGCAGCACAGCCAUGCCACAUUUGGCAAAGAUGUGAAUUUGGGAGAAAAGAGAGCAGAGACGGUGACCCCGCGGGGCCCAGACUCCCCAGGGCCUCUGAGGCCCCAGCAGUUGAUGGAGCAGGGACCGAUGCGUCACUCCUUUAGCGCAGGGCCUGAGCUGCUGCGGCAGGAGAAAAGACCUCGCUCUGGGUCCACAGCCAGUUCCCACAACAUCUCACUCAGAGAUUCGGAGGCACAGAUACAGGCAUGGACCAACAUGGUCCUUACAAUCCUAAAUCAGAUCCAGCUAUUACCAGACCCCACGUUCAUUGCCCUGCAGCCAGCUGUGUUCCCCUGCAUCAGUCAGCUGACCUGUCACGUGAGUGACCUCAGGGUACGGCAGGCAGUACGAGAGUGGCUCGGACGAGUGGGACGUGUUUAUGAAAUUAUUCUGUAAUCACAACAGUCUUCUCCCUUCAAGCAAAGCUCAUAAUGGCUUAACUUUGCUAAUGUUUUAUUGUAAGGCACAGUGAUCUUUGUGUGAAACAAAUGUCUUUUGUGAAUGUUCUUCAGUAUUUAUGCUGUCAUAUUCAGAAUCUAUAUUUUUUGUAUACUCCUGAAAUGUUACAGGCUUUGAAUAUACACACGCCAGAUAUAAAAGUAUGCUGUAUCGGUUGUUUUUUCUUUCUUUUUUUUUGCGGAGGUUGUGUUUUUCUCAUACUGUUUAUUUCUAACUUAAAUCUACCCUGAAGGUUUCAAUAAGUUUAAUCAUUGCAAAAUAAAACGUUGAUGCACUUUU